CAUGAGUCAUGUCCUAGUGAAUUGACUCAAAAAAACCCUAAAUUCUGCUUAGAAGAAGCUUGACCGCGUUUGGUGUGGUUGUGAUGUUCAAUGUCGUCGUCUUACUCUCUCUUCCUCUCCACUGUUUCUCCACUUGCAUUCCAUCAUCAUCGAUGCAACAACAAUGUCUCAGCAUUCACCACUCCACAUUCAAUUGCGAGACCCACAAAGUCUUUCGCAUCACUUUCUGUUUCUUUUGCUGAGAGAAACCUUGAUCAUCAUCUCUCCUCCUGGUUCCCUAUUAAUGCCUCUGAUGAUGAUCAUUAUGGAGGCUGGGGAAUUGGGGAAAUAAUCGACCAUAUGCCCAGGAACAACAACAACAACAAAAAAGGCUUGCCGCCACCACUGAUGCUACUGGGUUUGGGACUUCGAUUGCUGCUUUGCUUGCUGCAAUUGCUUACUUUUCUUCUCAAUAAAUGGGCGACGACUGAAGUUUCGAUUUUAGCAGCCCAAUUUUUGCUUUGCCUCAAAGAGAAGUAGAGAGGGAAAUAACUGAUAAUAAAUUACCUGGUGGUGCUAGCUCGGAGAGUGUAUCCCAGUUCAGAUGUUGAACUUUGUAUAGGUAACUUUUAUGUAUUUAUGUGCUA